UUUUUUUUUCUUCUUCAUUUUGCGUUUUGGUUUUCGUCUUCGUUUGUUCGUGUUUCGUCUUUGUGUCUCCGUCAUCAUCCUUCAUCGCUAUUCUCCUUCUACGAUUGUUUUUAAUAUAAUAAUUGAUUUUGACUUGCAUCAUUUUUGUUUUUUAUUUUCGUCUUUAUUUGUUAAUUAAAUGUUUUUUAAGCUAAUAAAUAAAUAAAUUAUUUGUUUAUAUUUAUAUAUAUAUUAGUGUCUUUUCUUGUUGGUUAAGUUUAUCUCGUAUAGUAGUUAAUCAAUUGAAAUUUAGUUAUACUAUAGUGUUCUUUCUACCUUCGGCUUCGAUUCAUAUAUCGUUCGUUAUUCGUGUCGUCAGUCGUGACCACCAAAGUGAUACAGCAAGGUGAACAACAACAACAACAACCAACAACAACAAAAAGAAGCUAACAAAUAUUGUGCGUUGAAUAUUAAAUGGCUGUUGUGGUUGUUGCAAAAUUGCAAGUUAAAAUUAAUUAUAAUAAUCUUGUAUGGAUGGACGACAAAAGCCAGCAACCAGCAGCAGCAUUAGCACCACAGCAAGAGACACCAACAAUUUGCAUUUCCAUUCCCAUAACUGGAAACCAGAAAAAGAAACAAUAAUCUUACUCUAGUAUUUUAUCGUUGGCUUUUAUACACUCAAUGCAAUUGAAUUGUAAGUGGUUAUUAGUGUGUAAAACAAAAACAAAACAUAAAAUUAAAUAAUAUACAAUUCAACGCUAUAUUAAAGAAUAAUAAUAAAUAAAUUAUUUAAUUACAAUUAAAUUAAUAAAUAAAUAAUUAAAUAUAAACAAUAAGAACACAUAAGAAAAAAACAAUUUUAAAUGAAGUGGCCAGAAGCUAACGUAAUUUUGCAAUUAAAACAUCAGGAACCCAAUUUCGAGAAGCUUUUAAAUUCAAGUUUAGUUGGUGUCGAAAGUUAUCGCCGACUGCAUGAGUUUCUCUUAAUUUAUCACACCAACUAUAGGCAUCAUCUUCUUCAUCAGUAUUUUAAUCAUCAUAAUCCAGAGCCAGAAAAUAACAAUAAAAACAACAACAACAACAACAACAACUGCUGCAUACGCCUCAAUCAAAAAAAUAUUAAACGAAAAUCAACAUUUUCAACACCAACAACAAUUCUAGUUAACCAAGGGAACAUAAAUAAUAAUACAAGCUGCAACCGCCUCAUCAAUUUCAACCUUCAUCAACAUCAACAUAAACAUAAACAAACAAAUAAACGACGACAUUCUAUUACGAAUAGAAAAUAUUUUAUUAAAAGACCUUGGAUAAAAUCUUUCAAAUAAAUACAAAGAGUAUUCUUUAAAUAAAAACCAUAACAAUAUUAAAAACUAACAAUCAAAAAUUAAAAUUCCAAAAAAUACAAACAUGGCAGGUCUUCAAAAUGGACGAAUUUUGAGAUUUCUAAUUGUAAUUGGUGCUGUGGUAUUGACAAUUUUCGUUUACGCCUCCUAUUAUUCAAAUACAUCAAUGGGAAUGUCUAGCCAUCUAAGGACAUCGCCAGCAAUUGUUUCUUCGUCUUUGUCCAUGUCAGAGAAAUAUUUAAUUCAUAAUUUAAGUGAUCUGAAUGCGAAUGGAAUUGCGAAUGGCGUAUCAAAUAAUUUACUUGUUAAAAAUAAUAAUAUUAAUAAUAAUAUAUUUGUUGAUGAUUUAAACAAAGGCGGUGGCGGCAUUGGCAUUCGAAUGAUUGAUGGCGAUUUAAAUACUCCAAACGAUAAACUUAAAUACUCGCAUCUUAACAAUAAUAGUAAUACCAAUACUAAUACCAGCAACCAAAACAAGAGCAAAAACAUGACGAACGAUAGCAAAAAAAAUACUGAUGCAGCACAAAAAUCUAUUGAAGGAGAUUCAAGCUUUUUCACUAAUUCAUCAUUAGGCAUACAAGACUCUGACACAAUUUUGAUACCAACCUCGAAUAUUCAGACGCUUAUUCUGAACGCUGAUAAAAUUUUGAAAAAUUUAACAACAUCACCGACCGGUAAUCCAAAUUUGCAACUGGUGGACUCGCAGUCGCAACAGCAACAAGAGCAGCAAAAAAAUAAGCAACAGACAAAUCAUUCAAAGUCACUUGGUCAAUCAUCGCUUGCACAACCACCGUCCGUUCUAAUACCAGCCAAUCGUAUGAAAUCGUCGUCCGGAGGAGGAGGGCAAGCAGCAAUUAUUGAUCCAACUCAAGGCAUUCCAACGAGAGACAUAUACGAAUCCGGACAUCUGGAUGUGAGCCCAUUGCUCUGUCCUGACGAAGGUGAAUCCAUAAAAUUAUUGAUAAUAAUAACAUCGGCGCAUUCCCAUCAGGAUGCUCGCCUAUCAAUUCGGCAAACAUGGGGCCAUUAUGGUACACGCCGUGAUGUUGCCAUAGGAUUUAUUCUUGGUCGCACCAAUAAUCAAACACUAGAAAAUGCUCUCAACCAAGAAAAUUACAUUUAUGGAGAUUUAAUUAGAGGGCACUUUGUAGAUAGUUACAAUAAUCUAACAUUAAAAACAAUUUCUGCCCUCGAAUGGGUCGAUCAAAAUUGUCCACAAGCUAAAUUUGUACUUAAAACUGAUGACGAUAUGUUUAUAAAUGUUCCCAAAUUAAUGGCUUUCUUAGAAAAACACCAAAAAGACAAACGCGUUAUAUAUGGUCGUCUCGCAAAAAAAUGGAAGCCAAUUCGUAAUAAAAAAUCAAAAUAUUAUGUUUCCAGUGGACAAUUCGCUGCAAUGAUAUUUCCACCUUUUACAACGGGACCAGCCUAUGUAAUGAGUGCUGAUGUUAUACACGAUUUGUAUAUUAAAGCACUGCAGCAGACUUAUCUUAAGUUAGAGGAUGUUUUUACAACGGGCAUUGUUGCCCAGCAACUCGGCAUCAAACGAAUACACGUUAAUGAGUUUCUUAAUAGAAGGAUCGCUUUCAAUCCUUGCAAUAUUCGAAAAACUAUAAGCGUGCAUAUGAUUAAGUCAAAUGAACAAUUUGAUCUGUGGAAGAAACUGCUUGAUCAAUCGACAAAUUGUAAAUAGUUAUUAUUAUUAUUAUU